GUCACCAUGGAGAUUGUCUACGUGUACGUGAAGAAGCGCAGCGAGUUUGGCAAGCAGUGCAACUUCUCAGACCGCCAGGCCGAGCUGAACAUCGACAUCCCCCCCAAYCCGGAGCUGGCCACGCAGUUUGUGGAGCGGAACCCAGUGGACACGGGCGUCCAGUGCUCCGCCAGCAUGUCAGAGCAUGAGGCGAACACGGAGCGGUUUGAGAUGGAGACCCGAGGGGUCAACCACGUYGAGGGGGGCUGGCCCAAGGACGUGAACCCCCUGGAGCUGGAGCAGACGAUUCGCUUCCGGAAAAAAGUAGAGAAGGACGAGAACUACAUCAAUGCCAUCAUGCAGCUUGGCUCGAUCAUGGAGCAUUGCAUCAAGCAGAACAACGCCAUUGACAUCUACCAGGAGUACUUUGACGAUGAGGAAGAGGUGGAGGUGACGGAAGAGGCCCCUUCAGCUAAGACCAUUAAUGUCUUCAGGGAUCCGCAGGACAUCAAGCGGGCAGCCACACACGUCUCCUGGCACCCCGAUGGCAACCGCAAGUUGGCAGUGGCCUAUUCUUGCUUGAAUUUUCAGCGGGCACCUGCGGGCAUGAGCCACGAGUCAUACAUCUGGGAACUGGAAAACCCGAAUAGGCCUGAAAUUGUCCUGAAGCCACCUUCUCCGCUGGUCACCUUGGAGUACAACCCCAAAGAUUCCCACGUGCUCCUGGGGGGCUGCUACAACGGGCAGAUAGCCUGCUGGGACACACGGAAGGGCAGCCUGGUGGCCGAGCUGUCCACCAUUGAGUUCAGCCACCGAGACCCCGUGUACGGCACCAUCUGGCUACAGUCGAAGACGGGCACUGAGUGCUUCUCGGCAUCCACGGAUGGGCAGGUCAUGUGGUGGGACAUCCGCAAGAUCAGCGAGCCCACGGAGGUGGUGGUCAUGGACAUCACCAGGAAGGAGCUGCUGGAGAACGCCCUGGGCGCCAUCUCCCUGGAGUUCGAGUCCACUUUGCCGACCAAGUUCAUGGUGGGCACGGAGCAGGGCAUUGUCGUCUCCUGCAACCGCAARGCCAAGACCUCAGCCGAGAAGAUCGUGUGCACCUUCUCAGGCCACCACGGCCCCAUCUACGCCCUGCAGAGAAACCCCUUCUACCCCAAGAACUUCCUGACCGUCGGGGACUGGACAGCCCGCAUCUGGUCGGAGGACAGCCGGGAGUCGUCCAUCAUGUGGACCAAGUACCACAUGGCUUACCUCACUGACGGCGCCUGGAGCCCCGUGAGGCCUGCAGUGUUCUUCACCACCAAGAUGGACGGAACCCUGGACAUCUGGGACUUUGUGUUCAAGCAGUGUGACCCGGCCCUGAGCCUGAAGGUGUGUGACGAGGCCCUCUUCUGCCUCCGGGUGCAGGACACUGGAUGUCUCGUUGCCUGUGGCUCCCAGCUGGGGACCACCACCCUGCUAGAAGUCUCCAGCGGGCUCUCCACCCUCCAGAGGAACGAGAGGAACAUAGCGUCUUCUAUGUUUGAGCGCGAGACCCGGCGCGAGAAGAUCCUGGAGGCCAGGCACCGAGAGAUGCGGCUGAAGGAGAAGGGCAGGGCGGAGGGCAAGGACGAUGAGCAGCGGGCCGACGAGCUGGCCGUGGACCUGCAGGACCUGGUGGCCAAGGCCGAGGAGGAGUUCUUCAGCGUCAUCUUCCAGGAGCUGAAGAAGAAGGAGGCAGAGGCCAUGGAGAAGAAGCCCAAGCCCAGAAGAGGUUCAGACAUGGAAGACGAGGAGGAGGAGAGACAGCGAGGCUCCGAGGAGGAGGUGGAUGAAGAGGAGCUGCCAACCUAG